AGCUUAUAGUAACUAUGACAUCGCGUCCAUGUAUGAAGAACGUCAUUCGCGAAAUAGAUUCUGCCUUGACAGGACGUGUAGAGAGAGACAGUGCGAUGGUAAAGACAUUAAAUUCUUCUUCGACGCCUGCACAGCAUCAAGUUAUUUCAAAAUCCGCAUUCCUGAAUUCAAUACUAGUUGCUUCAAGAGGGAAAUCAAAUAAUUGCAUCAUUAGUUUUGACUGAUUGAAUCUUCGAUUACACGAAACAGAUUAUAGGCAGCACAUCGGUGUUUUGGGGUAAAAAUGUCGACGAUUCUAACUCCUCCAUCCGACAUGGAGCUAAACACAAGUUUUACGACGAUGAUGGGAGACUUCGAAGAUGUCGAGAAUGCUUCGAUGUCGCCAUACGAUCGAGGUCUGAGUGUUGAUCACGCCCCGUCAUCAGCUGUAGCCAUCAUUGAGGGAAUCACUAUGGUACUCAUUUUUGUUGGGGCGCUCUUUGCAAAUCUGAUGGCAAUGACCACUAUUCUGACGGAUAAAGUAUUGAGAAAGAACUUUCACAACCUCCUGAUUCUGAAUCUAAUUAUCGUGGAUCUGGGCGUAACCAUAACGAGUAUGAGCUUCUCUAUCUGGUCUAUCUAUGAUGACGGUUACCUGCUAUUGCAUAGUGAUAUCCUAUGUUCGAUCAAUGGUUUCGGCGCCGUUCUUUUCACCUUCGCCAACUUCACGACGAUCCUGGCCAUCUCUCUGGACCGCUACCUGACCAUAGUGUGGUCCACCAGGUUCCCUCCUACCAAGUGUCGUGCCAUUGGUUUCAUCAUCUUCUGUUGGUUUCUACCCAUCCUCAAUGUCCUUCCUCCAGCCUUUGAGUUCCUCUCCGAUUUUAAUUACCAUCCUGACACACAUCACUGCUCACCUAAGUGGGAGGAUUGUCUCUAUUUCAUCAUCUGGUUUACUUUCAUCUUUGGUGUAACUGUUCCUAUCAUGGCCUUUUCAUACAUUGCUGUUAUCUGGACUAUCAGACGACAGGAACUUCAGCUAAGGUCUCAUGCUGCUUUCAAGAAAGGCAAAAACAGCAACAGCAAGCAGACGAGUGACGGCGGAGUGAUCAAUGUUUCGAUGGACAUCGUAAGCAAUGAUCAACCAGAAGGCUCCUCCGCUGAUUGGCCCAAGUCUUCGGACGAUAUCGGAACUACUGAUUAUGACGUCACAGAAGACGAGGGGGCGAGUGGUGGAGUUGGGAUAAAGGAUCACGUGAUCGCCAAGCCACAGAGAAAGAAGAAGAAAAGGCAGCAGCUACUCUCCAAGCUAGACAAACUCAGUGCGGACAAACGGGUAGCAUUGACAGGUAUUCUUCUAGUGAUGACAACCAUCGUUUGUUGGACACCAUACUUCAUCAUUCAUUCUUGUUUCAUACCAAUCAAUCCAUCUCAUUGGUUAGGCGUGGUUAGUAUGUGGUUAGGUUAUUCAAACUCGUUGCUCGAUCCGCUCGUUUAUUCGUUCAUGAAUCGACGCGUGCGCGCUAGAUAUCGCGCGCUGAUUGGUUAUCGCAUUGACUGGAAGUCCUUACGCAGCCGAUUGGCUAGUAUCUUUCGGAGGGGCGGAGCACAGUGAUAAACAAACGAGCAUUAGGCAUUUAAAUACAAAAGAUGUUGUAUUGCCCUUUGCGACCGACCCCAAAAUCUUGAAAUCUACGGUCGGCUUUUUAAAAACCAUUUCAAGCA